GAAUAACAUUGAGUACUCCCACCAAGUCCACAGCUUAUCAGUCUGAAAAUAAAAUCUACCAUCAACAAUAAACACAUUCAUGUUCUGUAGUGUUGACUGAUAAUAUUGUAGCCAGGUCUCGACAACAAACAUCAAUAAGUUGAGCUGCCACUCUAAAAUGGCUUGUGCUGGUGAUAGACACACUGACGUGCAAUUUGAAGAAGACGGAUUCGGUGUUUUUACUGACAAAACAACCGGAAAAACUUCCCCAGUGAGAAGGUUUACUUGGAAAAAUGCCAAUAAUGUUACUGUUCAGGUUAUAACUUACGGUGCCACGAUAACGUCGAUACGAUUACCAGGGAAGAAUGGCGUAGUAGAUGACAUCGUUAUGGGAUUCGAUAACAUGGAAGGUUAUCUCAACCGUUUGAACCCCUAUUUCGGUGCCACAGUAGGUAGAGUAGCAAAUCGUGUAGGUUACGCCUCUAUAACUAUCAAUAAUGACACCUAUAACGUUUCUGCAAAUUUGGGAAAGCAUCAGUUACACGGUGGGUUUAGAGGAUUCGACAAAAUAAAUUGGAACUACUAUGUAAAUGGUACUAAAGUGGUACUCAGCUAUCUUUCAGUAGAUGGAGAAGAAGGAUAUCCUGGGGAUGUUCUAACAAACGUUUCUUUUGAAUUAAAUAAUGAUAAUGAGUUUCUAAUUGAUUUUAAGGCAACUUGCAGCAAACCAACCUUUAUUAAUUUAACCAACCAUUCAUAUUUCAAUUUAGCUGGACAUGAUAAGGGAGCUGAUGAAUUGUACAAGCACGUUAUUACCAUCAACGCAGACAAUACUACUGAUGUGGAUAAGGAUUCUAUUCCUACGGGUAAACUGCUACGUGUAGAUGAUUCGAUAUUUGAUUUAAGAAUACCUAAAGUUCUUGGAGAUGUAAUCCACAAAAUACCAUCUUACGAUGGAUACGAUCAUAAUUUUUGCGUAAAUAAAGCAUCUGCACAAGAAAAUACGUUUGCUGCUAAAGCAUACCAUCCAGCAAGUGGAAGAACAAUGGAAAUUUAUACCAAUCAACAUGGCGUUCAGUUUUAUACUUCUAAUGGUAUUCCUGAGGAUCCCAAAAAAGCAAAAGGAGAUGUAGUGCCGGAAACAUUGAUAGGGAAAAAUGGUUGCCAUUACUAUAAACACGGCGCUCUAUGUUUUGAAACACAAAACUGGCCCGAUGCUAUUAACCAUGAUAACUUUCCACGAGCUGUGUUGUAUCCUGGAGAAUUAUACCAUCAUACAGCUGUUUAUAAAUUUUUUGUAAAUUGAAUGAAUUUUUAUUGAAUCGUUAAAUAUAGCAUAUUAAAUGAAAAA